CCAGCGAACACGCGCCACGGCCGCGGCCAUGUCCCGGCGUGUUCCACACUAGUGCAGCUGUGAAAAGGGGACGUAGCAGCCUUCUCGUAGACGUGGCUCUCUCGACCGUAAUGGGAUAAGUGGACGUUCGUGACAGUGCAGUGAUUUCGGACAGGUCGCCACAGUGGAGGUAGUGACUUUAUCGCCGGGAGAUGUCACGGCCGCUGUCAGCAUGAUGACGAUGAUGAUGAUGCAGCGACUGAUGUGCCAACAGCAGCAGCAGCAGACGCAGCAGCACCCGCAGCAACCGCAGCAGCCGGCGGGCGCGUCGCCGGUGGAAGAGCCCGCGCCUCGGCUCUUCUCGUUCGGCCAGCACCACCACCUGCACCACCACCACCACCACCAGCACCACUUCGUCUCGGCCAAGCAGCCGGCAGACUCGCCGCCGGCCGAGGGUGCCUCUCCGGCGCCGUCCGCCGCCGUAGCGAGAGACGACGCGUCGGCGGCAGCGGGGGCGGAAGAGCGGCCGGCGUCGCUGCCGGGCGACGUCCGCGACGCCCCCGCGGACGAAGAGGAGGAGGAGGAUGGGGACGAGCCGGCGGCGGCGCCGGUGGACCUGACGGCGCGCCAGCUGCAGCUGCCGGGGGCGGCGCGGCUCGACUCUCCGUGCAGCAGCUCGCUGCCGUCGCCCUCGCCGCAGGGGCCGACGCCGGCCGACGACAAGCUGGCGCCGCACUACCGCCGCCCGGACAGCGUCUCCAGCAUCGGCUCGCUCACCAACGACGUGGCGGCGACGCCCGCGGGGGCAGUGGCGGCUGCGGCGCACCAGCGCAGGCUCGCCUUCUCCGUCGAGAACAUCCUCGACCCCAACAAAUUCACCGGCCGCACCGCGCCCGCCGCCGCCAACAACAACGCCCCCGCCGCCGGCUGCUGUUGGAGGCCGCACGUGCUCGUCGACUCCAGGUCUCCCGACCACGUGGAGUGCGGGGGCGGACGGCGCGACAGGGGAACGUCGCAGAUCGAUGGUGGCGACGUGAGUACAGUGGUCCCAUCCCGGGCGCCCCUGCCGCUACGGAAACAAUCGGUGUCGGCCGCGCUGCGCUCCCCAGAGCUGGCUGCUCCCCACGGCACUUCUGUCCGCAGGCCCACAAAGGCCGCGCCGCAAAUCUGCGCCCGCACGGCCGCCGUUCACCGGCCGGCCAGCAGCUUUCCUGGACUGCCACAGAGGCCGGCGCGGCGCUGCUGCACCAGUGCUAUAGUGGCGCGCACGUAA